AUGCCACCAAAGCUCUCCAAGAGUGCCAAGCAAGGCUUGAUUGUCUCACAUCUCCGCUCCACACGGACCUGCCAUACGCUCAAAGACCUCGAGAAGAUGCUCCCCUCGGUAGCCUCGAUCAACAGCAUUCAGGUUAAAGAUUACAUCAAAGAACUCACCGACGAGGGCAGGAUUCGCGUGGAGAAGAUUGGAAGCGGCAAUUGGUACUGGUGUUUCGGUGGGGAUGAGGUGAAGGAGCGCGAAAGGCAGUUGGUUCAACUUCGGAAGGAAGUGGAGCGGGUCCAGGCGAGUUGUAAGCGAGCCGAAGCGGAUUCGGCCGUGCGCAAGGAGCAAAGAGACAAAGAGUUUGGGCAGGGUGGUGAAGAGGAGUGGAAUGAGUUAAUGGAACGGAAGAAGGCCCUGGAAGAGGAAAGGAAUCGUUUGCUGACCGAGUGGGCGACCAUUUCUACAACUGGUGAAGGCAAAAGCGUUGGGCAGAUGAAGGACGAGAUGGAGGAGUCACGCCAACGGGCGCAGAUGUGGACGGACAACAUCUACUUGCUGGAAGAGUAUGUCCGGAAGCUGACUGGCGGAGAUCGCGACUUGAUGCAGGCGGUGCAGAGGGAAUGUUACGGGGACGAGUACGUGGAGGGGGAAGGACUGCGGGAAUUGGACUGGUCUACGUGA